AUGAAGCAGUCGUCGAAGCCCAUAUCCAGUCCGUGUCGGCCGGAGAAGUAUCCGCCGCAAUUGAUGCGGUUUCUGAGAAGCAAAAGUUCAAGUAGAAGCAGGGGAGGUCACGUUCCAGUCCAAUGUUCGUUAAAAGAAAGAACGCCGCCAUUGAAACCCAAGAGCCAUCUCCUAAGUCACUUGCAUGGGUCAGGUUCAUGUCAAACAAACCUUUCGAAAUCCGGUCCCCCGCCCAACCGCCGCCGCAAGUGGAUCGCCGAUGCUCUGUUUUGCCAUAAUUUCACCGGGAAAGUCAAGGUUACACCCCAGGAGAAAUGGGGAAGAUCUUCUUCUUUAGCUUAUAGGUUUUGGGAGGCGCCUUUAGCCAGCCAUGGAACAAAUGAGGAAACAGAGCUAGAAAGCAGAGUAUCUAAAGAGGAAGAAGAAGAAGAGAAACCCGAAUCAGAAGAAGAGCCCAUUUGUGAAAAUUCGAAUCAUACUGAAGAAAACCCAGAUUUUUGCAAAGAAAUUGAAGAGAAAAAUGAAAAAGAAUGA